AUGUCCAAGACCCUAAAAAAGAAGAACCACUGGACCAACAAAGUCCACGAAGCCGUGCUGAGCCGGGGCAAGGACGGCGAGCUGGGGUUCGAGCUGAAGGGGGGCGCGGAGAACGGCCAGUUCCCGUACUUGGGGGAGGUGCGGCAGGGCAAGGCGGCCGUCCAGAGCGGCAAGUUGUCCCAGGAUGAGCUGCUGCUGGAAGUCAACGACAUGCCGGUGGCCGGGCUCACGGCGCGGGACGUGCUGGCCGUCAUCAGGCACUGCAGAGACCCGGUCCGCUUCAAGUGUGUCAAGCAAGGGGGGGUGGUUGAUAAGGAUUUGCGCCACUACCUCAACCUGCGCUUCUCCAAAGGCUCAGUGGACCACGACCACCAGCAGAUCAUCAGAGACAACCUCUACCUCCGCACCGUACCCUGUGAGUAG